AUGAAGUCGAAACGACACAUAAUGAGUAAACGUGGAGAGCGAGAUAAAAACCCGGCAGCGACUUCGAAUUGCUGCCAGAAUCACAUAAAUUUGGAAAAAUCGGGUCCUGCUGAUGCCGAAAUGCAAAGAUGGCGCAGUAAUCGAAUAAAUUACCUUAAAUCUCGAGUAAGUCAUGUUCACCUCAAAUCACUGCCACUUGUAGAUGAUGGAAAGUCAGCCGAUGAAAAAAGCAAAGAUAGACCCCACACAACUUCCAAGGCCGCAGUUGCUGCUCAGUCUCCAUUACAGAUGACAGAAGUAAUGAGAGCAAAGAUUUCAUUAAGUGGCCGGAAAAAACUGGCACAAAGAAAUACGUCAAAAUUGCCAUCCAAAUCGAACAAUCAUAUGUCUUCAUUAGGAAGCAAGAGUUUUUCUUUGUGUGGAACAGAUCCUGUUAAUCCAGAAAUCAUCAAGAAAAUGGGGCGAAAAAUACCGAUACGGCAUUUGGAUUUCAUAUCAGAUGGUAGCAAUGAAAAGAAUACAGAUAGCAAACACGUUACCAUCACCAGGUGUCUAAAGCAAUCAUAUAAACCUGUGGAUAAGCAAACAUAUCACUGUAACAGUUGUCCAUCAUUUUUCACAUCACGUCGUGGGAUGGCCAAUCAUUGUAAACUUCAUGGCGCCAGUAAAAGAUUUAAGUGUGCUUCAUGCGAUUUUGGUUGUGAUAACUAUAAAACCCUUCAAAUGCAUAAGGCAUUCCAUGCGACAGCGAGCAAGGAGACAUCCGAAAGCAUAGCUUCGACCCAUCUUGCUUUGAUAGUUGGCAACUGCACUGACAAUGAAAAUAUAAAAGGGGAAACAAAAGAAAUAGAUGAAAAGACAGACGCAAUUAUCGCAUGUAAUCGCGAAUUCGCUUGCAUCGAAUGUCCUUUUAUAUCGCGUGACCAGAAUCGAUUGCAGAAGCAUUUGGUUGGACAUCGGCGCACGAACGGUUUCAAGUGUUCCCUGUGUACCUAUAUGAGUAUGUCAGCUGGGUUUCUGAAACGUCACUGCGAACUACAUAAGCCACAAAUAUACCAGUGGCCACCUGUUUACAUUGGUAAGCGUCCUUCACAUAUUACAAGGACAGCAGUGGAUCUAACUAAAUUUGGAGAAUGCAAAGAACAACCGGGAAUACCGGAAGAUAUGAUCUUAUCACCUCUGACAGUUUCUUUGGUUGACGCAAAACAGCUCUUGGUAGCCGAUGGUCCAGAGAAACAAUCUAAAAUACGAUGUCCGCGGCAGAAGUAUUUAUGCGGUUUCUGUGGUCGUCAUUUCAAAAGUUAUACCCUUCGACUUUUACAUUGCAUUAUCAAACACUCAGAACACAUUGCUAAGGAAAAAUAUAAGUCCUUGUUAAGAGAACGAUUGAACAUAUGCUGUAGUGCAGUUGAUACAAUGAAAGAAACUGAAGACAAAUGUAGUAUAUCAGCACAAACUACGCAUCACUGUUCACACUGUCCUUUUACUUGCAAGCAGAAAUCUCGUCUUUUCCGGCAUGAAAACAAGCAUAUUAUAAAAGCCGAACAUCAAAUGCCUGGACGUCCAAAAGAUCUGCACGCCAAUGAGAAAGCUGUCUCUACUGUGCGUAUAGUUUGCGUUCUGAUGCAUUUAAUGAAAGUGGAAAAAUGUAGUGAGUGUCCCUACACCAGCCGACAUAUCUGCGAUCUGCGAACUCAUGCACAGAUGCAUAUUGGGAAACGAGAAUUUGCAUGCGGGCAAUGUACAUAUAGUACAAAACGAUCUCACGUUCUGGAUGCUCAUUUGCAACUUCAUAUAGCUGAAAAGGAAAUCAUCACUACCGUCUCCAACACUGUAAUCAUAAUGCUUCUUGUAUUUGUGCUUACUAAUCAACUUUUCAGGUACGAAAAGGAGAGGACUUCAGAAAUCAUUCUGUUUUACGGCGUCAUGGCAAAAUUGUUGGAGAACGAAGUGGUCAUCAGUUGUCAAGCAUGUAUAUGUGUCGUUGGUGUCCCUACCAGACACGGAUAUGCGCUACGCUUUUUGUCCAUCACAGGUUAUAAGGAUUAA